GCUACCUGCUGCCCAGCCACAACCAGGGUAGAGAGGCGUGUGCGCGGGCGGGCGGCGGGCACCAUGCGGGGAGGCUGUCCCUGGGGGUGGGCAGCGCCACUCUCUGCCGCCCACCUGGCGCUGUGAGACCGGCGCCGCCACCAUGUUCCCCAGCCCUGCGCUCACACCCACGCCCUUUUCAGUCAAAGACAUCCUGAACCUGGAGCAGCAGCAGCGCAGCCUGGCCGCUGGAGACCUGUCUGCGCGCCUCGAGGCCACCCUGGCGCCCGCCUCCUGCAUGCUGGCCGCCUUCAAGCCCGAGGCCUACUCCGGGCCGGAGGCGGCAGCGCCCAGCUUGGCAGAGCUGCGCGCGGAGCUGGGCCCCGCGCCUUCGCCCCCUAAGUGCGCUCCUGCCUUCCCUGCCGCCCCCACCUUUUAUACUCGUGCCUACGGCGACCCUGACCCAGCCAAGGACCCUCGAGCGGAUAAGAAAGAGUUGUGCGCACUGCAGAAGGCGGUGGAGCUGGACAAGGCCGAGACUGACGGCGCCGAGCGACCCCGUGCGCGGCGGCGGCGGAAGCCACGCGUGCUCUUCUCGCAGGCGCAGGUCUACGAGCUGGAGCGGCGCUUCAAGCAACAGCGGUACCUCUCCGCGCCCGAGCGCGACCAGCUGGCCAGCGUACUGAAGCUCACGUCCACGCAAGUCAAGAUCUGGUUCCAGAACCGGCGCUACAAGUGCAAGCGACAGCGGCAGGACCAGACUCUGGAGCUGCUGGGGCCGCCGCCGCCGCCCGCGCGCAGGAUCGCGGUGCCCGUGCUGGUGCGCGACGGGAAGCCCUGCCUUGGGGACUCGGCGGCCUACGCGCCCGCCUACGGCGUGGGUCUCAACGCCUACGGCUACAACGCCUACUCCUACCCUGGCUACGGUGGCGCGGCCUGCAGUCCCGGCUACAGCUGCGCCGCCUACCCCGCUGCGCCCCCCGCCGCGCAGCCCGCUCCCACCGCCAACAGCAACUUCGUGAACUUCGGCGUCGGGGACUUGAACGCCGUGCAGAGUCCCGGGAUGCCACAGGGCAAUUCGGGCGUGUCCACGCUGCACGGCAUCCGAGCCUGGUAGGGAAGGCGCCCGGACCGACUCCCACUUUUAGGGCGAUGACGCCGGGAGGAAAGGGCUCCCACUUUGACCUGUCCCUCGGACUUCACAAGCACCCUCUUGCUGGCCUGGGA